AUGGCAAUGCUACACAUUUCCGAUCAUUGGAAAAACAUAGCUCAAGCCUAUGAAGAUACUUGGAAUUUUCCUCAUGUCAUUGGAGCAAUUGACAGCAAACAUAUCAAUAUUGAAUGCCCAAAAUUCGGAGGUUCAAUGUAUUAUAACUACAAACAGUUCCACUCGUCUGUUCUUUUGGCAUUAUGUGGUGCCAGGUAUGCAUUCACCUACGUCAAUAUUGGUAGUUAUGGCGGUAUGAAUGAUGCCAGCAUUUUCAAUCGAUCAAAGUUGCAUGAAGAACUUCAAAAUGGCACAUUUCCCUUGCCAGUACCAGAAAACUCAAGACCAUAUUUUAUUUUGGGGGAUGAUAUAUUUCCCCUCAAACCCUGGCUAAUGAAACCAUAUUCAGGAAAAGAUUUGUCCUUCGAAUCAAGGGUGAUCAAUUACAGGCUCUCAAGAGCCAGGAGAACAAUUGAAAAUUCAUUUGGGAUUCUAGCAGCACGAUGGAGGAUAUUCCGUCGCCCAGUCCGUGCCGAUAUUAGCACAGUUGAUGACAAUAUUAAAGCCACGUUGUGUUUGCAUAACUACUUAAUAAAACAGAAAAUGCUAGGUACAGCCCAAGUGGCUUUGUGGACUGCUAUGAUGGAGGUGAGCUUAAAGAAGGAGAGUGGCGCAAUGUGGUAG